AUGAGUGUUCAUUCUGAAGAAGAAGGAAGUUCUGAAGACAAAGAAAACAAAUUGUUUGAAAUACCAGACAGUUGUGGUCCUGUGGACUCUCGACAUGAAGAAGGUGAUUUCAUUUUGGUGAAAUUUAACGUUGGUACCAGAAAGAUCUUCUAUGUAGCAAAAGUGAUCGGAGAAGGGAGCAAACGUGAAGUGGAAGUAAGUUAUUUGAGGAAAUCCUCAAAAAUAAGAAAUUCCUUCCUAUUGCCAGAUGUUCCAGACAUUGCAACAGUUGUGACUGAUAUUAAACUAAUUUUACCGAAACAGAUUUUCUCUGAGGGAACUAAAAAGCAACAGGGAGUCUACAAAUUCGAUAUAGACUUUUCUAGAAUAGAUUUGCGUUAG